CGCCCUUCCCCUCCGCCGUGCCCUCACGGCCCCACAAUGCACCGCGCCGGAAGCGCGGAUGGCAGCCGGGGGCCGUCUCCCAGCCGCCUGGGGAUGAGGUGAAGUUGCCGGGCUGCUCCGAGACGGAGCCAUGCGCCGCCGAGCUGUUCGCCCCGCGGCAGCGGCAGGUCACUGUUGCAUGUAAGAAAAAUUAACAGACUACAAAUAUGGGAAAGAAACGCAUCAAAGGCAAAACUGCACAGUCUGACGAGACUCUGGAUAUGGAGUAUGUGGCACCUGUGUGCAAGCAUAUUGGUAAAGGACUGGAACAAGGUCAUCUGAAAAAGGCACUGCUGAACGUGGAAUGGCGUGUUUGUCAGGACUGCAAGGCAGACAAUAAGACACAAGAGAAAUCUGAGGAGGAGACUGAUGAAAGCCCUUCGAUAUGGUUAUGUCUAAAAUGUGGCCACAGGGGCUGUGGCAGAAAUUCUCAAGAACAGCACGCUUUAAAGCAUUAUGCAACGCCAAGAUCAGAUCCCCAUUGUUUGGUUCUCAGUUUGGACAACUGGAGUGUGUGGUGCUACAUAUGCGAUAAUGAAGUUCCAUAUAGCACUUCAACCCGAUUGGGCCAGAUUGUGGAUUAUGUUAGAAAACACGUUUGUAUUGACUCAUCAUGUACAGUGGAAAAACAAGAAGAGAACAAAGAAUUUGAAAAUAAAAAAGUAGAGAAGGACAGCAAAAAUGAGCAAGAAAAGGAAGUCUCACUUAAAGAAGAGAAUUCUCAUCCAAGUACUAACUCAGAAGUGACUGUGAAAGGACUUAGUAACUUGGGGAAUACAUGUUUCUUUAAUGCAGUGAUGCAGAAUUUAUCACAAACUCCAGUCCUGAGGGAGCUGCUUAAAGAAGCUAAAAUGCCUGGCACAACAGUUAAGAUUGAAUCACCUGAGUUAUCCAUGGAACCUCAGCUGAUAAAACUAGAUCAACCAGGUCCUUUGACAUUAGCCAUGUAUCAGUUCCUGACAGAAAUGCAGGAGACAAAAAAAGGGGUAGUCACUCCUAAGGAACUUUUUGCUCAGGUUUGUAAAAAAGCAAUACGAUUUAAAGGUUAUCAGCAGCAAGACAGUCAUGAAUUGCUUCGUUACUUACUUGAUGGAAUGAGAGCAGAAGAAAUCCAACAAGUAAGUGUUGGAAUACUGAAGGCGCUGACUGACUCUAACAAACAAAAUGAAGAAGAACUUAAAAAGAAAAUUAAAGAAUAUGAAAAGAAAAAGGGAAUACAAAGCGUUGUAGAUCGAAUCUUUGGUGGAGAAUUAACCAGUACAAUUAUGUGUGAGGAAUGCAGAACCGUAUCCUUGGUCCACGAGUCUUUCCUCGAUUUGUCACUUCCUGUACUAGAUGAUCAGAAAGUAAAAAUCACAAAUGAGAGAAACAUUAAAAAAAACAAAGAAAAGGAAUCUGAAGAUGAAGAGGACAAAAACAAUGACUGUUAUCUUAAGCAGAGAGAUGACCCCCCUGGUACAAGUAAGCACCUUCAGAAAAAAGCAAAGAAACAGGCCAAAAAACAAGCCAAGAGCCAGCGCCGCCAGCAAAAACUUCAAGGAAAGGUGCUUCGCUUAACAGAUAUCUGUGCAACUGAACAAUCAGAAAAAGACAUCGAGUAUAACCAAGAAUCAGAGGCAGAAAUUAACUCUGAAACUCCUGAUAGGAAGAGAGAAGAGGAAUCAUCAAAUGAUGGCAGAGAUCACUGCUUAACUCAAAAAGACUUGAGUGUACAGGGAAGUAGGACAGAAGUUCAGAGCAUGCAUGAAAAUACAGGAAAGCCAGAACAAGAGUGUAUAGAAAGUGAGUCUCUCAUGGAUCUCCCUAUGGAAGGAUUAGAUUCUCCUAUGAAGUUUGUCAAUGGCCUUGACAACCUGUCUUUGAAAGAUGAGGAUGAUGAAAAUAAAGAUGAGGAAGAGCUUGCUACUGACUUUUCAGAGCUACACUUGGGUGCCAAUGAUGAAUCUGAUACAAGUACCUUAGAUGACCUUCAAACUCUUCCUGUCAAGACAUGUGAAUUAUCAACUGAAGAUCCAGAAACAGCAUUUUGUACUCUUGCAAACAGGGAAGGUCUGAACCCCGAAGAAGGUUCAAUCCAUCACUGUUUGUAUCAAUUUACCCGUAAUGAAAAGCUUACUGAGACCAAUAAACUACUCUGUGAUGUAUGUACACAAAGACAUUAUGGACCAAAGAAGAACAUAAAAAGUGAAAAGAAGUAUGUUUAUACUAAUGCCAAAAAGCAGAUGUUAAUCUCUCUUGCUCCUCCAAUUUUAACUCUUCACUUAAAGAGGUUUCAACAGGCUGGUUUUAAUCUACGGAAGGUUAACAGGCAUAUCAAGUUUCCAGAAGUGAUAGACUUGGCUCCUUUCUGUACAGCUAAAUGUAAAAAUGUGGCUGAAGGGAAUACAGAAGUACUGUACUCUCUCUAUGGAGUUGUUGAACAUAGUGGAACAAUGAGGUCUGGGCACUACACUGCUUAUGCUAAAAUGAGAAGUAUGAACAACCAUCUCUCUGAUCUUGUCCUUCGAGGACAAUCUCCUCAAGCUUUAGAAACUGAACCAGUAAACGGGCAGUGGUUCCACAUCAGUGAUACCCAUGUACAAGCUGUGUCUGCAUCAAAAGUGCUGAGCUCGCAAGCCUAUCUCCUGUUCUAUGAGCGACUGCUGUAACUCAUCUGAGAAGCCUUCUUUUAUGUGCAGCCAUCUUCAAGUGGUCUGAAAGAAAGCAAAGACUCACAAAUUAUGUUGUUAAAUGUUGGAGCUACUGUAUACAACUGCAGGAAUAUACUUUAUGCUUCUUCUGACACACUGACAAAUGGUUAACUUAUACUUUUUCCAGUGUUUUCACUAAAUAAAA